GCUGAUAAUCAAACUCUCCUUCACUGUAUAAGAAGAGAAACCAGGGCUCCACAAAGCAACAUUGACACUGAUCUACUGAACUGAGUUCCAGUGUUCUCUGAGAAACUAUGGCGGUCUGGACGGUCUAUCUGUCUCUCUGUCUUCUGGUCGCUUUGAAUGCUUCAGUGGAAACGCAUCCUGUUGGAAAUAAACGCUGUAGCGAGUGUAAGGAAGGAUGGGUUUCCUAUGAAUGCAGAUGCUUCAAGUUUUUCAGUAACCGUUACACGUGGGCUAGAGCUGAGAAAACCUGUUUGGACUAUGGUGGGAACCUUGCUUCUGUACACAGUCAUGAGGAGUACAUGUUUGUACAGAACCUGGUUAGACACGAAACUCAGAGCACAACAAGUACCUGGAUCGGAGGCUAUGAUGCUGUGGAGGAGGGAGUUUGGUUCUGGAGUGAUGGAACCAAAAUGAACUAUCAAAUAUGGUCGCCUGGAAAUCCCAAUAACCAUGGAUAUGAGCACUGCAUUCAGAUAAACGAUGUCCAUGGCAACUGGAAUGAUAACAAAUGUCAUGCAGAGAUGCCCUUUGUGUGUGCGUACCGAACCAGCAUGUGAACAAUCAAUGUAGAAGAAACAAGCUACUUUGAUUCAUUUACAUUCCAUUAAAUGUGUAAUGGAGGCUAAUAAA